AUGGCAUUUCAUGUCUUUAUGAGAGAAGGUGUCGAUGCAGCUAUCUUUGAAGUUGGAGUAGGAGGUGAGGUAGACUCAACAAAUGUUAUUCCACAGCCAUCGGUGACUGGUAUCACUACCCUUGGGAUUGACCAUGUGGCUACACUCGGCGAUACUAUCGAUAAGAUAGCAUGGCAUAAAGCAGGAAUUUUCAAGACUGGCUCUCCUGCAUUUACCGUUCCUCAAGUGCCUAGCGCUAUGGAGGUCCUAUAUCAGAGAGCGAAAGAAAAAGGUAUCAACCUUAUUACUAUUGCAGCCUACCCUGCUCUUUUCGAUAUUGGUCUCAAACCAGUGGAAGAUUUUCAAAGGAUAAACGCUUCUCUCGCUAUCAGACUCUCACUUUCCUUGUUAGACAAACUCGGAGUUCAAGUAGACCUUGGCCUUGAAACACUUCCCAAACAAUUUACCCAAGGUCUCGAGAACAUAGUUUGGAGAGGAAGAUGUGAGACUCUUACAACCGAAAAGCAAAUUUGGCAUCUUGAUGGUGCACAUACAGAAGAGAGCCUAAAAUUAGCGUCCUCAUGGUUUGGGCGCGUUUCAAAAUCACAGUCGAUCCUGUCAAGGGACACAACAAGGGUGCUCAUAUUCAACCAGCAGUCUACAAGAGAUGCCGAGGCGCUUCUUCGAACUGUGCAUAGUGAGAUAUACAAUAACUGCAACUUGAGUUUCCAGUAUGCGCUAUUCUGUACGAAUGUUACCUACAAAGGCAACGCCUACAAAGUUGACCUUGUCAACCGGAAUAUCGAUCCAAAGAAACUCGAAAAUUUGAGCCUACAAAGGCGCUUGGCUAAGCUUUGGCAUCAGCUUGAUCCCAAAACAGAGACAGCCGAACUUGCAUCGAUCGAAGAAGCCAUCGAAUAUGCAAAAGAGAUUGUCUGCGAUGUGGAUAAGACAAUGAUUCUCGUUACUGGAAGCUUUCACCUGGUUGGGGGUGCACUUUCCGUCUUGGAAGGGGAGAGCUUCGCCCUCCAAAAAGCCACGACCCAGUAG